AUGGGCGGCAACCCAGUUACCACGAGAUUGCAGGAAGCGUAUAGGAAAUGGGUGUGCAGCUCCCUGGUGCCUUACUUUGCUCAUGGGGAAUCACAGGACUUGAACAGCUCCAGCAGCUGGGCCGGAAGCAGACUUAGGCCCUGUCGGUCCUUUUGCCAAUCCGUGGAGCAACGUUGCCCUUAUUUGCUUCCGGGCGAUCGUGCCCCCGCCUACCCCACGCAGUACGCCGGCGAGCCCACGUUUCUCUGCAGAGAUCCGAAUAUCCCCGAGACCGGGGAGCAAGCGGCGAGGGCGUUGCACAGCAGCGAGGAGAACGAGUGUUGCUUUCACGCGUGUUCGGAGGAGUUGCCGGGAUCGGGCAUAUGCGCGAAUUGCACGGGUCACCUGCCACGGAGACGGGGCAAGAGCCACGACCCCCCGACGGCACCCCGUUGCGAGAUCAAUUCCAUUCAACCGGCCUCGACAGGUGGAGGAUACCAAGAGUCGGGAUUGUUCACGGACAGCAGCUUGGAGCGAGAGGGGAAGCUGCACGAGACGUCGAGGGAACCCGGAGCGGCGUCAACGCCGAUCGACGCCGGUCGACGGGAACAAGGAGGAACGCUGGUGUGCGGGACCGGUCUCGGUGUCGACUCGAUCGCCAGCGUCUCGUCGUCCGAUCGAUCAGCGACCUACGUCCUACCGCAGCUCUUCUGGUUGUGCUCGAUUUUAACCAGCGUCCUUGGCGUUAACGUUCCAACGAUCCCCGUACUCUGGAUCUCGAGGAUGUUCCUCUGGUCGAGCAUGCCGUUCGGCGGUGGUGACGAUCGUGAUGAUGAUAACGCUGCUGCUACUACUAUUACUACUACUACUGAUGUUGUUGUUGGUGAUGGUGGUGACGACGACGACGACGACGACGACGACGAUGGUAGUGAUAGUAGACGAAAAUCGGAGGAAUCGAGGAACCAACUGGAAGAUCUGUUCGCUUGGCUGUGCGGUUGCCUGCGCGGAGUGAACCACGUCAGCGUGCGUUACGGCGCGAACUGGCUGCUGAGGAGGUGGGGGGCGGUGGAGCGUCGUUGCGAGAGUUGGUGGUGGUGGUGCUGCUGGUACUGGUGGUGGUGGAGAUGGCGGAGAACGACGAGAGGAAAGAACGGGCCGCGCGCCCGAUGGAAAUUUCGACCGCGGCAAUCGCGAUGGAAAUGUCAUCUAACUCAUCGGCUCGUCGCCGGUACGUUGAGCCGUAUCGUCGCGAACAUUGCCGCCGUCACCGCCACCGUCGUCAAAUACGGAUCCUUCUUCCAUCUGCGAAUGACGUAUCGUGAUUCGUUCAGCGAGCGUUGGAUCCAACGUUUCCUCGUCGAUUCGUUCACAGUCAAGUGCCUACGGCGACGAUGGAACUGCGGUUGGCGGUGGUGGCGAUCACGGUGGAGAACGCUGGAGAACGGUGGAUCCGAAGACACGAGACGAAGGAACAAGAAGGAACGAAGAAGAGGAGCAAGAAGAAGAAGAAGAAGAAGAAGAAGAAGAAGAAGAAGAAGAAAGAGAAGACGAAGCGCUGGAGUAUCGGGAUUUCCCGAGGAGGAGAGCGUCGUUCGAUCUUCGUUGGCCAGACGGCGACGCUUCCAACUGUUCUCGAGGAGGAAGGAUCCACCAUAGAGCGGUCGCGGGCUGUACGCUUGCGAAAGCGUAAAGCACAGGUUUUUUUUCUGUCGGUGAUGCCCGCGGAGCAUUUUCUCGGUCGGAAAGGAUCUUGGCCGUACCUUUCUCGAUUUUGAACCGAAGCCUUCGAGGGUCGCGAGAACGCGAAUACCCUCUGCAAAUCCGAGAAACAAAGCGGAAGAACAAAGUUGGCGGACUAGGGAGAAGCGUCGAGAGCGCGAAACGUUCAAAGUACGUACAGGGGCAAGGGGAGGGACGAGAAAAAUAUUGUUGUACGAACUGUUCAAUAUGUAACGUGGUCGUUCGAGGCCACGCGUCUACGUUCGAGGGCUCGAGGGAGAAGACGAAGCAGCGGAAUUUGAAUACAAUAAGGGAGAGACACAACUACUAGAGAUGACUCGAGCUUGCACGCGAGGAUGAAAGGACGUGAAACAAAACGAGGGAAUCGUAACGUCUGUCGCUAAUAGUGAUUGAAACAACAACAACAACAACAACAACAACAACGCAGCGGUAAUUACCUGAUGAAUCCAUUAACUGAGACACCAAGUCGAUGACGAAAAAGAAAUGGUGACAAAGGACAAUGAAUAAGUAGUAGCUCUGAGCGGAUAAUAAUAAAAAACGACGAGUAGUAAUAAAAUAAAACGAUAACGAUUAAAUGAAACGAGAUAAAACCGACGAAAAGGGGAAGGAACGUUAACGUUAACGAUAGAACGAUUACGAUUGCGGUUGUUGUUACACGUUCGAUGCGUGCGCAUGCAUUCGAAUGUACAUGCACAUUUAUAUGCGCGACACGUGAAAAAAAACACAUAUACGAAAAAAAAAAAAAGAAAAAAAAAGAGAAAAUAACGAAUUACAUAUUUUGAGAAAAUCGAGAGUGCUGCGCGUGUAGCGUGAUCGAGGCGAGAGAGACGAGAAUGUCGUGUACGAGAGUGGAAGCGUGUGAAAGCGACGAGAAUCUUGGAUAAACGCGGCGAGCGCGCAAGUACAUACAUACAUACAUACAUACAUACAUACAUGCAUACAAACAUACAUACAUACACGUUCUCGCGUUUAACGAUUAACAAGGCAGUAAAAAAAAGUAAAGAAAAAGAAAAAAAAAAGAGAAAAAAAAAACAGACAGUAGGUAGAUAGAUAUUUUGAUCGUGAAGGCAGAGGAAAAAAAGGGGAAGAGUCGAGGAAUCGAGAUUCGAGCGAAUCUUGACUGCCGGAUCGACGCGCAGAGAGGAGAGAGAGAGAAAAAAAAAAUAAAGAAUUACACGACCGUAGAAAUGACAACGGAAUAAAUAAACAUGGUGUUAUCGAGGUAUAAAUAUGUGUUCGUUUAGACAUUUACGAUGAGUAAGUAUCACCUUAACAUAGACGUGUAACGAUAUAAAUUUAAAAGAAAACAAAAAAAACAAAAAAAAACAGUGAAAACGGAGGGGGGAGGGCGCGAGUGCGAAGGAGUGGGGGAAAGAGAGGAACGAGUAAACGCAGUGAGGAAUAAAUGAAAAGUAGAGAAAACGAGAGAGAGAGAGAGAGAGAGAGAGAGAGAGAGAGAGAGAGAGAACGGCGCGAAGAAGCUAAAAGGGGAGAGAGAAAAGGAAAAAAAAAGUAGAAAACCGAUGAAUUUUUUUAUAGAGGACUAUUCUACAGAGAUAUUACGAAAAUAGCGAAUAUAUUUAAAAAAAAAGGGGUGGGGGAGAGGAAGAAAAAGAAGAUAAUUUUGUUUCUUUCACGUUCUUUCCUGCACAGUGUACUGGUGGCUUCGAUUUUGCGAAAAGAACUUUGGAAACGUCACGUCGAAAUAAGCGCGCGGUGUGAACACGUGACACGUGUGUAGACGAGAGAAAGAUCGUCGAUCGUUUGAAGAAAGAAACGUCCGAUUGUGAAAACGCGCGUUAAUUUCUCCGUUGCCCCUUUUCAGACUCGAUAUUGUUCAUUUCGCUUGCACGCUGGAACGUGUGCAAACGUGACAAAAUUCUCGUGGAGAACGUAUUCAUUUCGGAAGCGUAUCGCAAUGGACGGUUUUAGGGGAUCGUUUAGUUGCGUUGACUCACGUUUAAUCUAAGGAAAAAGGGAAAAUAAAAUGGGAGAACACGUAAAAAGCUUGGAAAAAAAAAUGGAGCGAAGCCACUGGUGAGUCACUGUGGGAGGAAAGAAGCAAAAAAGCAGAGAGAUGAACAGAGAGAGUGAGAGAGAGAGUGAGAGCGAAGAAUCGUCGUCGUCGUUGUGUCGUGACUGCGAAAGAUCACGCAAAGGGGAAGAAAGGGGGAGGGAAGCAUGUUUACACACGUACACGCGUCAUAGAAGUACACGCAUAUACGUACAGCGUACACGGAGAAAAAAAAAAAAAGAGCAAGAAAUGCACGCGCCGAGAAAUAGAAAAACCAGGUACACCGUGUCCCGCGUGUGCAUUUGCUACAUUGUUAAACAUUGUCCAAAUACAUAAUUGUUACUAACUUACAUUUAUAAGAUGAACGCAGGUAGAGCGAGAGAGAACGAGAGAGCCUGUGUAUGAGUGUUGAGAGAGAGAGAGAGAGAGAGAGAGAGAGAGAGAGAGAGAGAGAGAGAGUACGAAUGAGGAGGAGGAAGGAGACGGCUGCAAAUCGAAAUUAACAAAGGUAUGGCCAACGCACUGGGGAGGGGGGGGUAAGAAAUGGCGUAUAAAUAUUAUAAAUAUAUAAAUAGAUACAUAUUUGCGAAAGAGAGAAUUGCAGAGAGUGGAGAGAAAGAGAAAGAGAGAGAGAGAGAGAGAGAGAGAGAGAGAGCAGAAAAAUAAGAUUUGAGCGGUUUUAAAAAGCACGAUUGCGCACGACUAUAUGUAAAUAUAUCUGUAUGUAGCUACAUGUAUAUGUAUAUAUGUAAUGUUUACGUGUAUACAUAUGUAUGUACAACGCGAGCGCGUUGCGUGGGAAAUGUGUGAAACCCGCAUGCGUGUGAAUCGUCCAUGUAUGCGCACACGUGUAAACGUGUAUAUAAAUUAGCGAAAGAGCAGGAGAGAGAGAGAGAGAAAGAGAAAAAGGAAGGCGGUGCGACGAGGUAUGCGUGUGUCAAGGACGAGGGGAAGUUUGCCCAUCCGCAACUGCUUUCCGUGCAAUUUUUGCGGUUGAACGAAACUGGUGACGAUUGCAAACUGGUUGAAGUCGACGAGAUAGACAAACAGAGAGAGAAAAAGAGGGGGGUGGGAGAGAGUGAGAAUGCACACAUACAUAACUUGAUUAGUCGAAAGAACGGUAUUUAAAAAAGAAAGAGUAAAGUAGUAGUAGUAGUUGAGAGAGAGAGAGAGAGAAAGAGAGAGGGAGGGAGAGUAAGGAUUGAACGUUGACGAAACAACUUGGUCGACCGAGAGAAGAAAAGAGCUGCCAGUGUGGAUUUUAAGAGACGAUCAGUCUGGCCGCGAGGGGGAACUACGAAACGCACAAUACGCAAACAAAGACGCAAUUACAGAGUUACAUUUUUUCGCUUAAACAGACGAUUGCAGUCUGUUGAACAAGGAGCAAUAAGUCGAUUGACACAUUUGUUGAAAUGAAACGAGAUUCGAAGAGAAAGAGGGGAGGGAGAAGGGUAGAAAAACGUUUAGAAGGACGAGCGUUGCCUCGUCUGUGUUGAUUGUGAGGUUCACGUUGUGUGUGUACACGCACACACCCAUGAAUGUCAUAAAUUCAGACCACGUAAAUGGAGGGACGGGUGUAUACGUCUAUAAAAUUUGUGUCUAUAAAAUUUCUAAGAAAAAUUAUAAAUUAGUCAAUUUCUACCACUUUGAUAGUUCUAGCGUUAAAUAGCCUCCUUGAAACACAAAAAAAAAACGUGACGAACGUUUUCGUUGAACGAAAAGUCGAGAAAGUAUUCCUCUCUCUCGAGGAGGAGGAAGAAAUUCAUUUCUCGCGAGUACCGAGCAUCGCGUGAGCAUUCAAGUUUCAAUUUCACCGUGCAGAGGGAAACGAUGAUAAUAAUAAUAAUAAUAAUAAGAAUAAUAAUAAUAAUAAUAACAAUAACAAUAAUAAUAAAUAAUAAUAAUAAUUAUAAUAAUAAUUAUAAUAAUAAUAAUAAUAAUAAGGUGGAAACGGAUUAAAGCACGAUAACGUCGUUAUACCAGAGGGUGGAAGGUCUAGCUCGUUCCUUUGAUUUCCCACUUUUCACGAUUGUUGCGAGAAAUUCAUUCUCGCUCUCCAUUCUUCUUCUUCUUCGUUUUCAUUGGUUCUUCGUGUUACCGCGAGAUGACAGCUACCGUUCCGGAAAUCUCCGCGCGAUUCAAAUCCUAUUGCCCGAGUGAUUGUUCGUUUGAAAUCUUCCAUCUCGCGAACGAGUUGUCCAAGUCUUCUUUAGACAAACUUUUCUCAGCUUCUGUCUAGCUUCGUUUUUAUUUUCUAAAAGAAAAGGGAUAGACCAGUGUGUAGUAGUAUGUACAAUUACGUAACGAUACGUUAGGAUGUGAGAAGAGGGACAGUGCCGCUCGUUCGAUCGUCGAUCGUCGACGAGACACUUGUGCCGAUACGUUGCAGUAGAUGUUGCAAAGUUUCGCAGAAAUGUUCUCCGACGUUGUUUCUCUUCUUGCUCGCCCUUCUUCCUCCAGCUAACGAGAAAGAGACAUCGAGACAACGAGGCUCGCCGCGUGCGAGUUGGCCUAACUCGCGAGUCCAAAAUUUAUCGCCGCUGCAGCGUUGAUACGACUCGAGAAAAUUGCAGGAGAAAGAAGAGACAAAAAGAGAGGAAAGAAGAAGAAAGAUGGCAAACAGCUGACUGAUCGACCCCUCGUUUACGACGAGGAGCAGGAGGGGGGAAUUUCGACGAAGCCCCAGCCAAGGAUGAGCUGACGAAAAACAAGCGAGAGAGAGAGAGAUGUCACGGUUAAUUUGCUAGCGAGAGAAAGAGAAUGACGAAGAGACGUUUGAAGAGGGGAUGGAAAGCUUGAUGGUAGAUGUGUGCGUGUACGUGCACCAAAAUGUGUGCGCCUAGACUAGCGUAUCGAUUUCAAGGCAAGUCUCCCACACAACAUAGAACACAGUUCACAUAAAAUAAGCUGGCAGUAUCGACGUCGACGUUUACAUAGUUGACGAUCGGUGUCGUAACCUGUUUCUUUUUUUUUUUUUUUUUUUUGUUUUUUUGUUUUACAAUCGAGUUGAUCCUAAGAUAGUUGAUGUGGAGGAAAACGCGGAGAACGAGAGACAAAGGAGGUUUUGAUGAUUUUGAUGACAAUUUUGGAGAUUUUACUCGCGCGAGAUUGUCUGUCACGUGUGCACGCGCACGCGCUACUUUAUUAUAUAAGGUGAUUGAGAAGUUUUUUUUUUCUUUUUUAUUUGAUAAGUCUUUAGCACAAUGUAACUUCGACUGUGUGAUUAGCGUUUAGGUGAAUAUUAUACUAGCAUUGUGUGUUUCUCUGCGAAGUCCGAGAUUUUUACCUAGUGUUUAUCAUGCCAAUUAGAAUUAAGGAUGAUCUGUCGCGUGAUCAUUUUAGUGAGUUGAGUGAUCUGGUGCCUUCCGACAGAUCGUUUAUGACAAUCUUAUGAAAUUGUUGCCUAUUAUUCCAAAGUGAUGCGCUAUUUUUAAGAAAUAAAAUCUAUCAAACAAUCA